GACGUCCUAAUAAUGUGCAGUCUGCUUACACUGCAUGCCAGGAAACAGCAGAGAUGAAGGAGCUAUGGAUUAUGGCUGUCUUUGCUACAGGGAAUUUCUGCAAUUCACACAUAGAGGACGGAUUUUCCUUCCCAAGAACAAUUGUUGGCUGGUCUGCUUAUUCAACAAAGUUGUGUGGUGAGGAGACAACCAGUGCCGGUUUACCAGAAGCCUCAGCAAGAUGUUUGAAUGACACUGGCUCUCCGAUGUUUGGUCCUCCUCACAAGCUGCGGUGUGAAUUAACCCUCAGUGGCAUUCAAGGAAAUAUCUUCAGCAGUUCAGGUGAUUUAGCACAGCUAGCCUUCAGUACUCAGAUCCUGACCUCCCAACCAGAGCGGCUAUCAGCUGACAACAUCACCACAGCAGCUCAGAUAGCUAACACUCUGCUUCAGUCUGUAAAUAUCACAGAGGACAUCGCAGUGGCAGCUGUAACUACCAUCAGUCAGCUACUGAAUGCCAGGAAGGAGAGUGCAAAGGAGAGAGUCGCUGUCCAAAAACUCACAGAGACCCUGGAGAAGUUUUCCCUGUACCAGCACAGUGUUGUGUCCUUGGUGGUUCAGCCCAACCUGGCAGUCCAGUCUGUCCAAGUACCAAGUGACACAGUAGGGAUCCAGUUUAGUGCUCUGACUGGAAGAUCUGGUAAAUUUGUGGCCAACAGAUUUAAUCUCAACACCAAUACCUCUGAACUGAUAGCUGACAACGGCGGUUCUACCGAUGUCCAGAUUGUUAUCAAAUUCCAACAAGUUUUACGUAGUAAAAACACAAACUACUCCAUUGGUUUUGUGCUCUACCAAAACGACUGCUUCUUCAGGUCCAGGACUUACACAGCUUCUUCAGGGACCAGCAGAAGGGUCAUCUCUGCUAACCUGGGACAAGUGUCUGGGUUACAUGUUGAGAUGCUCUUCAAGCCCACAGCUGUCCCCAACGCCUCCCUCUAUGACUUUGCCUGCGUGUCGUGGAACUACACGUUGAAAGACUGGAGCACCUCUGGCUGCUCCAAAGUCAACCACUCAGAAGACGGCCUGCGAUGUUUCUGUAAUCACACCACUAACUUCGCUGUGCUUAUGGCGAGUAGCUAGCUCCCUUCAUCUCCCUUUAACUGACUACAGAGGGUAGUGCAUACGGCCAAGUACAUCACUGGGGCCAAGCUUCCUGCCAUCCAGGACCUCUA